AUGGUAAGCGUUGAUUCCACCAAGGCGAAUAAUACAACGACAGAUUAUCACAAGGCAUUGAUAAAUCGUCAACAACUUGAUGGUCAAUUAAACGAAACAACAACUGUAAAAGAUGAAUUGUAUUUGCUGAAAUCCAGUAAUGAAGUAUUUAAAUUAAUUGGACCAGUAUUGAUAAAACAAGAUUUGGAUGAAGCCAAACAAAACGUGAAUAAACGUAUUGAAUUUAUUACUAAUGAAUUAAAACGAGUAGACACCUUAAUCAAUGAUUUAGACGCUAAACAAGAAAGUCAACGUGAAAGUCUUGAUAAAUUGCAACAAAUGUUCCAAAUGGCUCAACAAAAAGCUGCUGUAAAAGCCUAA